AUGUCUACCGAAAAUGAGAGAGAGACCCAUGUCUACAUGGCCAAGCUUUCUGAACAAGCAGAACGUUAUGACGAAAUGGUCGAGAGCAUGAAAAGGAUUGCGGAGCUAGAUGUCGAACUUACAGUGGACGAGAGGAACCUGCUAUCGGUCGGGUACAAAAACGUGAUUGGUGCCCGUCGAGCUUCCUGGAGAAUUUUAUCCUCAAUCGAGCAGAAAGAGGAAACCAAGGGCAACGAGAACAAUGUGAAGCUGAUUAAGGGUUAUCGUCAUAAGGUGGAGGAAGAGCUGUCCAAGAUUUGCCGAGACAUCCUCUCGGUUUUGGACAAGAAUCUGAUCCCAUCUUCUGGUUCAGGGGAGGCCACUGUUUUCUACUAUAAGAUGAAAGGUGACUAUUACCGAUACCUUGCUGAGUUCACGAGCGAUCAGGAGAGGAAAGAAGCAGCAGAGCAGUCGCUCAAGGGCUACGAGGCUGCCUCGGCCUCUGCAAACACGGACCUCCCGUCGACCCACCCCAUCCGUCUUGGCCUGGCUCUGAACUUUUCGGUGUUUUACUAUGAGAUCAUGAAUUCUCCUGAGAGGGCCUGCCACCUGGCGAAACAAGCGUUUGACGAGGCUAUUGCUGAGCUGGACACUUUGAGCGAGGAGUCUUAUAAAGACAGCACUUUGAUUAUGCAGCUUUUGAGAGAUAAUCUCACACUCUGGACAUCUGAUUUGCCUGAGGAUGGAGGUGAGGAGAACUCCAAAGCUGAAGAGUCUAAGGAAGCAAAACCAGAGCCAGAGAAGUAA